AUGCACACGCGCACGGCGGAGUGCUUGAAGAUCCGUGUGCGUCAAGACAUGGGCGGCUGCAUGAGCUCCCCAGAGGCCGACAAGCCCGCGGGCAAGGCGCCCGCAAGCGGGCGCGCCGGCAGCGCGAGCGCCGGGGGCGCGGCUGGCGCGGCGGCGGCGGCGAAAAGCAAGGUGCCAGAUUUUGGGCUCGCCGACCAAUGGGAAGUGAUCAAGCUGCUGGGGACUGGCGGCGAGGGCGAGACGUGGCUGUGCCGCGAGAAGGCCACCAAUCGGGAGGUCGCGAUCAAGCUGGUGCGGCGGCCGAUCCCCAAGUCCAUCACCCAGAUCAUCCAGAGGGAGAUACGGAUCCUGGCCGACCUGGGAGACGGGCACCUGAACAUCGUGCACGCGGAGGAGGUGGUGCUGUCCCGCACCCACGUGGGGCUGGUCAUGGAAUUCGUAAAGGGUGAGCCCUCGUGA